GGACUCUGAGGUUAUUUUUAAUGUAAGUAAUAUUAAAUAUUACAUUUUGUGAUAUGGGUAAUCUGUCGGAUUAUCAUCAUAUUUCAUGAGUUGAGUGGGAAGUUGACUUAAAAUAAAGCGAAAUAUUCUAAAAGAAUUAAUGAAAGUAACGUGAAAGUAAAAAUAGAGGUAAUAAGGUAUCUGUUAGUUCAGCGAUUGACAAGAAAAUUUAGUUGUACUUGAAUGGUAUAAUAAAAAUCAAAAUAGUUUAAUCAACUCAAUUUUUCUUUAUAAGUAUCAAGCAAUUAACUAUUAUGGGGAUUAUAUUUGGGAAAUUUGGGAAGAAGAAAAACACUUUCGAAAUAUUAGAAAAAUUAGAAAAAGAAAUAGUAUCUAUUGAAGAAUUUAGUAAACGCACGGAAAAAUUUAGAAAAAAAGUUAUUACAAGGUUUAUUUUAUUGGCGAUAUUAAUCUACUUUAUUUUGGCUUGCUUCCUUUACUUUUACUACCAUCAAAUAUCAUCAAAUCAAAAAUUGUUAUAUAUAGUACCGCUACUGGCUUUUCCAUUCAUUGUUAUAGCAAUUAAGAAGUUUCUCGCUUGGUAUUACUCUAGAAAAUUAAAUCGGAACGAAAUGAAAUUGGUAAAACUUAAAGAAGAAAAGAAGAAGAUACUCGAAAACGUAAUGGAAAAAGAGACUUAUAAAGUCGCGAAACAAAUUUUAGAUAAAUAUGGUAAUGAUACUAGCAAUAAAAAUGAAAUUGAAGCGAUAAAGGCCAACAGUUUGGUAGCUAGAAACAACCAAGUCGGCCUUAGACAAAGGAACAUACAAGGAAGAUUAUCUAUCGAUUCAGUAAAAACGCCGAUAAGUAAUAAAUUAAACCCCAUUACCACCCCUUCAUUACCAGAAAAAUUAAUUAAACUCCCCAAUCUUACCAUACCCGUUCAAAGACCUUCACUUCUACCCUCCACCCCACAAUUAAAUACAAGAACACCCCUACCGUUACCGAGAAGCAUUCUGCCCAGCAACAGUUCCGUAUUGGAUAAAAUGGUAGAUUACCUUGUAGGAGAUGGACCGUCUAAUAGAUACGCCCUGAUUUGCAAGAAAUGUUCUUCGCAUAACGGUAUGGCGCUCAAAGAGGAAUUCGAAUAUUUGUCGUUCAAAUGUUGUUAUUGUUCACAUUUCAACGCCGCUCGCAAGAAAAAAGCGUCGGGGCCGACGUUCGAAGAGGAAACGUCAAAAACGUCGUCGUCGAUCGGCGAUUCGGAUUCGGACGUUUUGGAAAACGAAACCGUCGAUUCGCCAACGUCGAAACCGGAAGAAUCUGACCAACUACCGUCACAAUUUGACCAACUUCCGGUCGAUUCGAAAGAAACGCCCAUCGAUGAUAAAAAAGAAGACGAAACCGAUGAUCGAAUAGACGUGGUGGAUUGAACGCCGCGUCGGUCGGUCGGAGGAAUUGUAAAUAGAAGACUGAUGAAAAAAAAAAAAAAAAAAUAUUUUUAUCGUUGGAAAUGGAUAUUUUCGCUUAGGUCUGAUUAAGAUUUAAUUUUUGUUUGUUGGAAAUGUCGUGGAAAAUCGGGAAAAUUCUUUUACUAUAAUGUUUGGGUACGUUUUGAGUUGUCCCGAAUACUUUUACGGUCAGUUUGUGAUGUUUGUGUGUUUUAAUAAUUUUGUUGCGGAGAGUUUCUUUUACUUUUUUUUUGUAAAUGAAAAAAGUGUAUAUAGAAAAUGUUUGCGCUGCUUAACGCCAGAAAAACCGAGUUUUUCUUUUGGAAAAUUGUGGAAUUCGACAUAUUAUAUUGAAAUUAUUCGAUAAAAUAUAUUGCGAGUAAGGGGGGGUGUUGUUGAGGGAUUAAAGGGUUGGUGGGGUGGUCAGGGAUCAGUUAUUUUUGUAGAAAUUGAAUUUUGGUAUAAAAUAAACAGAAAAAGUAUCGAAAGAAGAAUAAAGGUGAUGAGAUAUGUCAAAAAAAGUGAAAAUGUUGAAAAUUGGGAAAAAAUUGUGGAAAAUUGAAUAAUAAUGUUGAAAUUUUACUGAAAAUGCCAAAAUAAUGAAGAACAUAACGAAAAACUCAUAAAAAAUAAUGAAAAUUUAGGAAAAAUUGUUUAAAAUUGGAAAUGGUGAAAAAUUAACAGAGAGAGAUGGAAAAUUUAUAGAAAAUUGAAUAAAAACGUUGAGAUUAAAAAAAAUUAAUGAAAAUGUCAGAAAUAGAAAGAAAAAAUGACAAAAAAUCGAAUAUUUUGAUAGAAAGUGUCAACAUGAUGAAGAAAUUAACCAAAAAUCCAUAAAAAAUGUUGAAAAUUUCAACGAAAAUGUCAAAAAAUCAUGUUAAUGUCAAAAAUAAGAUGAAAUACGAAAGAAACUUGAAUAUUAUGACAGAAAAUAUGAAAAUAAUGAAAAAAAUAACAAAAAUGUCAUAGAAAUUGUUAGAAAUCGGGAAAAGUUUUAACAAAACUGAAUAAUUUCUCAGAAAAAUGUGGAUAGAUUAUAAUCAAUGGACAUGGGCACUGAUAGUAAUGUCAAAAAUUGCAAAAAAAAUAAAUUUAAAAUAGAAUAAAACGUCAAAAACUAUUAAAAAACGAUAAAAAUAAGAACAUAUUGGGAAAAAUGUCAAAAAAAUUAAGGAAAUCAUGGCUAAAAUCGAUAGAAAACUAUGAAAAACAGAAUAAAUCCACAAAUAUGUCGAAAAUUGGGAAAAAAACAAAAAAAAAUUAGAAAAGGAUAAAUCGUGUAGAAAAUAUCAAAAAAUAAGAAAAAAAAAACGUAAAAUAUCAGAUAAAAUGGAAAAAAUGUCAUAAAAAAUCAAAAAUGAAGUAGAAAACCAACUUAAACAACAUAAAUUUGGAGAUAAUGUGAACAAUCUACGUGAACUUAUAAAAAUUAUCAACAAAACUGAAAAUCAAAUCAAACUGCGAAAAUUUGGAAGAAAACAGACAUAAAAAGUGAAAAAUCGGUAAAAAACCGAUUAAAAUGGGAGAAAACCGUCUGUUAAAGAUGUCAAUAAGGGAGAAAAUGGAUAAAAAAUCAUAUAAAAUAGAAUAAAACUAUUAAAACGUCAAAAAUUUAGGAAAUCAUGGCGAAAAUAGGGAAAAGUCAGGAAAAAUCAGAAAACUGAUAGAGAGGAAUAGAAGAAUAAAAGUUAUGGAAAAUAUCAAAAAAUAGGAAAAAAGUUUCAACAAAAAACAAUAAAAUUAGUAAAAAAACUAUUAGAAAUUGCAAAAACUGGUAGAAAACUAAUAAAAAAAACUACCAAAAAAACAAAAUAAACUUGGGGAUAACCCGAAAUUUAUGAGAAAAUUAUAAAAAUAAAACGAAAAAACAAACCGUGAAAAAUUUAGAAUAAAACAGACAUAAAACACGAAAAAUCAUCAAAAAAAUCAUGAAAAACAAUAAAAACGAAAUAAAAUUGACCCUCAUAUCAAAAAACAAAACAUUAAACGCGAAAAAUCAUCAAAAAUUGUCAAAAAAAUCAUAAAAAACAAUAAAAACGAGAUAAAAUUGACCCGUUUGUCAAAAAACAAAACAUUAAACGCGAAAAAUCAUCAAAAAUUGUCAAAAAAAUCAUAAAAAACAAUAAAAACGAAAUAAAAUUGACCCUCAUAUCAAAAAACAAAACAUUAAACGCGAAAAAUCAUCAAAAAUUGUCAAAAAAAUCAUAAAAAACAAUAAAAACGAAAUAAAAUUGACCCUCAUAUCAAAAAACAAAACAUUAAACGCGAAAAAUCAUCAAAAAUUGUCAAAAAAAUCAUAAAAAACAAUAAAAACGAGAUAAAAUUGACCCGUUUGUCAAAAAACAAAACAUUAAACACGAAAAAUCAUCAAAAAUUGUCGAAAAAAUCAUGAAAAACAAUAAAAACGAAAUAAAAUUGACCCUCAUAUCAAAAAACAAAACAUUAAACGCGAAAAAUCAUCAAAAAUUGUCAAAAAAAUCAUAAAAAACAAUAAAAACGAAAUAAAAUUGACCCUCAUAUCAAAAAACAAAACAUUAAACGCGAAAAAUCAUCAAAAAUUGUCAAAAAAAUCAUAAAAAACAAUAAAAACGAAAUAAAAUUGACCCUCAUAUCAAAAAACAAAACAUUAAACGCGAAAAAUCAUCAAAAAUUGUCAAAAAAAUCAUAAAAAAUAAUAAAAACGAGAUAAAAUUGACCCGUUUGUCAAAAAACAAAACAUUAAACGCGAAAAAUCAUCAAAAAUUGUCAAAAAAAUCAUAAAAAACAAUAAAAACGAAAUAAAAUUGACCCUCAUAUCAAAAAACAAAACAUUAAACGCGAAAAAUCAUCAAAAAUUGUCAAAAAAAUCAUAAAAAACAAUAAAAACGAAAUAAAAUUGACCCUCAUAUCAAAAAACAAAACAUUAAACGCGAAAAAUCAUCAAAAAUUGUCAAAAAAAUCAUAAAAAACGAUUAAAAUGAAGUAAAACUAACCUACAUAUGUCGAAAAAUUAUCAAAAAUCGAAAUUUAUUCUAAAUAUAAUUACGAAGAAUAAUUUUCCAAAAGUUUAACUUGUAGCAGAUCGGUACAAUAUAAUUUUUAUUUUUAUAUUAUGCUCGAAGUGCUUGGUCUUAUUCACCGAAUUCCCUACCAUGACGAAUCUUUUGAAUAUACGAAAUUUUUUUAAUUAAAUCCAUCUACCGGUUCGUUAAACGACUCCCCAUCCCCAACUUCCUACCACAUUUUAGGAUAAUUGAUGGUCCACCGUAACCAUAUGCGAUACCAAAGUCUUCCGUUUCCAUGUUUUGAAUCAUCCUGUAUAUAAAAACCGGAUGGGACACUCCAAAUUCCGAUCUUAUUUACAAAAAAGUUUUCAAAACAAAUUUUUUGAGGUUAUAAAAUGGAGUUUGAUAUACUUUAACUGAUAACUGUCGUUUCAUUUUUAUUAACCCGAAUUUUUUUGCUUACAUCAUAUCACUAGAACUAAAAUAUUUAAUAUUUUUAAAAAAAAUUCACCUUUUUUGAGGUUAUGUGCUGAAAUAUGGGAAAUUUAUAUUUCUAAUAUAUGAUUAAUUGUUUUUUUUUGGACACGGGAAACUAGAAGACCCCUUCAAUUAAAAAAACGUGUAGUUCGAGUCGAUUAACAAGCAAGUUUCGUUUGAAUGAAUAACAAUCUUUCGAUAAUUGAAGGCGGUCACUACUAUUACUUAUUAUUAAAUAUGUAAGUUUAAUCUAUACAGUAAUAAAGUCAUAAAUCGAAUUAAAAUAUAAAUAAACAAAAGUAUCCGAAAAAUUUAGAACAUAACCUCAAAAAUAUCCAUUUUACGCCGACAAUUCGAAACUUUUUUUAGGCAGAAAUUAAAAUGUUCGUUUUCUUUUUAAACAUUUCGAUUUUUGUCACUUCAUCAUCAUUUCAACAAAUCCCAAUCGAUUUUUUACGUUUUUAAUCUUGAAUUGAAAUAACAACAAAAAAAUUGGGUUUUUAGUUUUAAACGUUUCGUUGUGUUGUUCGAUUAAUUUAUUUUAUUUAUGUUUGUUACAACAAAAUAAAUUUAUAUUUGAUAGUAAAAUAUAAUAGAAAUAGUUAUUAACUUAUCAAUUUUUACCAUUUCCAUCUUUUCAAAUUAUUUAAUUAUGGUUCAAAAUAAGUAUUUUCGUUUACAAUCUAUCACAAUUUCAUAUUAAAACUGCCAUUUUUCUUCGAGACGCUCAAGUAUCAACAAUGACUUGUUCAACUUUACCAUCUUAUAUCUCUGGAAUUUGUGAACCCAUAAAUUUCUAAUUACCAUUUGUCGAUUCAUAAAGAGUCCAUGACCAUUUCAUGGUUUAAUUAAUUUUUUUAAUAUACAGAGCUGCAACUUGGACGUUUACUUACCAAAAGUGACUACGAUCAUGUACAUGAGCUCCUAGCUCUAAAAAAUUUUGAUUAUUAGAAACAAUUCAAGGAAAACUGCUCUAUGAUCACUAUUUUAUAGUAUUAAUGACGAGAUAUAAAGCUCUAAGUUUGAGGUACUGAAACUAACACGAUCGAGAUCAUAUUUUUGAAACUUUGGAUCCCAGAAUUGCUCUAUAAACCACCUUAAUUUAGAUAUUAUUCUCAAAUAUAUAAAAUAUGAAAAUAGAGGUAUACAUUUUUUUUUGUAAAAAUUGAUGUGAUGAUAACGCAUGUGAUUAUUGUAAGAAAUCUAAAUCAAUCGAAAUGUUAUUUAAUUCGACAACGAUUACAAUUUUAUAUAAAAAAAAUAGGUAAUAGAUUAUUCAGUUAUAAUUAAUUGUGCCUUCGACGCAUUUUUUUAAUCAAUAAAAAAAUCG